AUGAGCAGCCGUGGGGGAACAAAUCGCUCUGCAUGGGAUGCGGACCCAAGGAAUAAGAGGAUCCUUGAGGAUAGAUGGGGAUCCGACUCAGAAUACGACCCUCGGCGCCCUCGAAAUCGGCACCCUCAAGAUCAGCCAAAGCCAAGUCACUUCGGUCCAAACUUUCAGAAUAUUGAGAAGAACCGUUCCGAGUCGUUCACGAACCGCAUGGAACCAAAAAUGCCCAAACCAUACGCGCCCAGACCGACGGACUGGUCCGAGGAUCCUCGGAUUAAACGAGAUUACAACAGGUAUAAAGCGCACAUCAUGGAGUGCAACGUCGCCGGCGACGAAUACGGGCCGCUCAAUCCCCGAGCAGUUGGUAGAAACACAAAACCUGCAGAGCGGGAGCCAAGAUUGAGGGAUGGCCUUCUUGCAAACACCAAAAGAAGGACCACUGCGAAUAAGUAA